AUUUUUGUUUUGUUUUUCUCUUCAAGUCUUUUGAUCAGACAACAACUUUGAUUCUGUUUGAAACGAGAGAGACUGUCACACAACUCCGACAAAAAAAAAAAAUGAUGUUCUUCUCUUUCCUUAAACAUUGUCCAUGCAUUCUUCUCUUCCUUCUCUUUACUCUCUUUUACAUUUCAACAGAAGCUUAUGAUCCACUUGACCCAAACGGAAACAUCACGGUGAAAUGGGAUAUUAUAAACUGGACACCUGAUGGUUAUGUUGCUGUCGUUACAAUGAACAACUUCCAACAGUAUCGUCAUAUAUCGGCGCCUGGAUGGUCAUUAGGAUGGACAUGGGCAGAGAAAGAGGUAAUAUGGAACAUGGUGGGAGGACAGACAACUGAACAAGGAGAUUGUUCAAAAUAUAAGGGUGACAUCCCGCAUUGCUGUAAAAGAAAACCAACGGUCGUAGAUUUACUUCCCGGAGCGCCUUAUAAUCAACAACUUGCCAAUUGCUGCAAAGGCGGUGUACUCACCUCAUGGGCUCAGGAUCCAGCAAAUGCUGUUUCGGCAUUUCAACUCAGCGUUGGUGGGAGUACAGCUGACACAACUAACAAAACCACCGUCAGACUGCCGCAGAAUUUCACCUUAAAUACACCCGGACCAGGAUACACAUGCGGGCCGGCGAAAAUUGUGAAACCUACUAGAUUCAUAACACCAGACAAAAGGAGAGUGACUCAAGCACUCAUGACAUGGAACGUAACAUGCACAUAUUCACAGUUUCUUGCUCAGAAAACUCCCACUUGCUGUGUGGCUCUUUCAUCUUUCUAUAACGAUACUAUUGUACCGUGCCCGACAUGUUCGUGCGGCUGCCAAGAGAACUCGGCCCAAACGGGAAGCUGUGUAGAUCCAAGUUCGCCACAUUUGGCCUCGGUUGUUUCCAGCCAAGGAAAGAAUAGUAUUACACCUUUGGUUCGAUGUACUAGCCAUAUGUGUCCAAUUCGAGUUCACUGGCACAUUAAGCUCAACUACAAGUUGUAUUGGCGAGUAAAGGUCACUAUUACUAAUUUCAAUUACAGGAUGAAUCACUCAAAUUGGAACUUGGUUGUUCAACAUCCAAACUUUGACAAUCUUACUCAAAUUUUCAGUUUCAACUACAAGUCAAUAAAUCCCUACGGCUUAAUAAAUGAUACAGCCUUGCUUUACGGAGUUAAAUUCUACAACGAUUUCCUUAUGCAAGCUGGUCCAAUUGGCAAUGUACAAUCAGAACUACUUUUCCAAAAGAAUAUAUCAAUGUUUUCUUUCGAAAAAGGUUGGGGGUUUCCUCGGAGAAUCUAUUUCAACGGCGACAACUGUGUGAUGCCACCGCCUGACGCUUAUCCAUGGUUACCUAAUGCCGGUUCCAAACAAGAGGUUUCCUUCCUUGCUUUGAUGAUAGCAUCCUUGGUGGCAAUAGUACUUCAUGCAUAUUCUUAAAGUUUGUAUCCCUUUGGAACGCUCAACUCCGCCGUCUAAAAUUUGCGGUCUGAUCAAUUUUGACUCAUUUUUGGGAUGACAAUUCGGAAUCCAAACCAAGCCGGAGUAUGACAUCCAUUGACAGUUCAAGAAUUUGCUAUUUUUAGUUAUUUAUGUGUGUUCUAACUUCUAAAGUAAUGAUGUAUUUUUCGGUUUUAUAUCCUUAGAGUAUUUUGUGCUGUAAUUAUGAGAAAUAUAUACACAAGAACACAAACAGAAUAUCAUCUUCGAUGCUCAAUAUGGAUUUGGAUUUUCAAAGAA